CGCGGAUGAGAUUUUUCUCAGUAUCAAAGGUGCCUCCGGUAAAGGUAUACAGCCCUCUUCAUCGGCUCUUUGAACGUGCUGUAUCACGUGCGCAGGAUCGUAAUGGUUUAACUUGACGAAGGUAUGCAGCCCGAUGGCUCACCGGAAGCCGUGUGUAAGUCGCUUGAUGGCGCUGUUGCUCAGCUUAAUGGCCGCCAGAAGAUUGACUUGUUCGAGCCGGGUGAAUUGACCCCCACCACACCUUUGGAAGUUAUCUUCAAGGUGCUAGAAGAAUAUGUGCAGAGCGGAAAGAUCGGUGGCAUUGGGCUCUACGAAGUCAAGGCCUCCAGUAUCCAGGCUGGUUCCAAGAUCACCAAGAUCGAGAGUGUGGAGGUCGAGCUUUCUCUCUUCUCUCUUCAUGUACUUAAGAACGGCGUGGCUGCAGCUACCGCCGAGCUCGGCAUUCCACUUGUAGCUUACUCUCCCUUGAGCCGUGGUUUUCUAUCUGGCCAAUUCAGGUCACUGGAUGACAUCCCUAAAGAAUCUCUCCUACAUCACUUCCCCCGAUUCCACCCCGACGUUUUCCCACUCAACCUACAGCUCGCCGACCAGAUCGCCGAGGUAGCUAAGAAGAAGGGCGUUACCUUUGCACAGCUAGCGAUCAACUGCUGCGCAAGCUAAAAAGGCAGGCCUCCCUGCUAUCAUUCCUAUUUCUGGCUCAACGACCGUCGCCCGCGUGGAGAACUCCAAGUUGGUCGAGGUCACCAACGCUGACCUGGCUGAGAUCGAGGAGAAACUGAAGAAAUUGCCGGUCAGCGGAGACGCUAUCCAGGUUUCGUGUCGAUUGAAGGUUAGAGACGUCAUAUGGUGGUUUGGACGACCGGGAACGGUAGAUAGAAAGUAUGUACGCUCAAUGCACA